UCCGCCCCGCCCGUUUCCCGUCCAUUGAAGGAAACGCCUCUGGCCGACGGUUACUCCCUCCGGACACGUGGCGGCCUCCCGAUUCGCCACGCGUCGCCUUUGCGCGGAGAGUGGGGGCGCCCCCGAAUCCCUGCCGCGGCCGCGGGCGUUAUUCCGCCGCACAUUCCAUGUGCCGCGCCACGCCUCCACGCUCCAACUUGGACCACAUCACCGCCGUCCACUGCCCCUCCCCACCUGCAACGCCGAUCGAACCGUUCGUUCCCUAACGCCUCGUUGCUGUUGUUGUUGGGUACUACAUCGCGACCCCCCGAACGCGCCACGUGUCGGCCCGCCGCAGACCCCCCCUCUCUCGAGCUCCGCGUAACGCCUCCCCUGCUUCCGCUUACCUCCCGGCGAUGUAAUGAUCCGUAGCUUUCGACCCCCUUUCGCUGUAGAAAAAAAGAAAAAGCGGCGGAGCAUCGUUUUCGGGGAGUGACCGUACCCACCCACCUCAAGCUAUAAACGACACCGUCGUCUCCACGCCGCGACUCCUCUCUCUCUCUCUCUCUCUCUCUCUCUAGCUCGUUUCGUUUCCUUCUAGUCUCGGAGAGGGCGUGAGAGGUUGGAAACCGCGAGACCCCAGCUCUAUCGUUUCAUGCGCCUUUCUUGUCGUCGUUGCAGGGGAUCGGAGGCGACCGAGGAGGGGUUGUUGAGGGUUUCGUCGCGUUGGUGGUGGCGCUCGGGGGCUGUUCAUGGCGGCGGCGGCGGCGGAGGACGGCGGUGCUUUGAGAAGGUUCUCGAUAGGGUACGCUUUGGCCCCCAAGAAGCGGCAGAGCUUCAUCCAGCCGUCGCUCGUGGAGCUCUCGCGGUCCCGCGGCAUCGAUCUCGUCCCGAUCGACCCUUCGCGCCCGCUCGCGGAGCAGGGCCCCUUCGACUGCAUCCUCCACAAGCUCUCCGGCGAGGAGUGGAGGGCCCAGCUCGACGAGUUCGCCGCGCGCCACCCCGAGGUCCCCGUCGUGGACCGCCCCGCCGCCAUCGAGCGCCUCCGCAACCGCAUCUCCAUGCUCCAGUUCGUGGCCGACCUCGACCUCCCCCGCGGAUCCGACGACGGCGCCGAGACCUUCGGCAUCCCCAGCCAGAUCGUUAUCUACGACUCCUCCCCCCUCUCCGACUGCGGGAUCGGGUCCCUCCGCUUCCCGAUCAUCGCCAAGCCCCUCGUCGCCGACGGCAGCGCCCGCUCCCACAAGAUGUCGCUCGUCUUCCACUGCGACGGCCUCCGCAAGCUGAAGCCCCCGCUUGUCCUCCAAGAAUUCGUCAACCACGGCGGGGUCAUCUUCAAGGUCUACGUCGUCGGCGACCACGUCACCUGCGUCAAGCGCCGCUCCCUCCCCGACGUCUCCGAGGAGCGCCUGAUCGAGCGCGCUGCCGCCGAGGGCGCCGUCUCCUUCUCCCAGGUGUCCAACGUGGCGACACAGGGCCGUGCCUCCGCUUCUGAGCUGAUGCAUAUCGACCUCGUCGAGAUGCCCCCGCUCGGCUUCAUCACCAGGAUCGCGCAUGGCCUGAGGCGAGCAAUGGGCCUUCACCUCUUCAACUUCGACGUGAUAAGGGAUGUCAAGGUCGGGAACCAUUACUUCGUUGUAGACAUCAACUACUUUCCGGGCUAUGCCAAGAUGCCGUCCUAUGAGACUGUCUUGACGGACUUCUUUUGCAACAUCGUGCAUAAGAACGGUAAUGAGAAAGAUUCGGUGGUAGAUUUGGCCCCCGUAGAUGGCGACAAAGAUCGCAAUCUUCAGGUCGAAGAUCACUGCGAGAAUAAUGUGGCGUGAGGUUCGCGUGGCAGUUGUCGGUACUCUGUCGUCCUCCAUUUCCUUUUGUUCAGGGAGCGGCUUUCAGCAUGGCCGGGAUGAACAGAACAAUUGGAAUGUCGUUUACCUCUCUGUCGUAUUCGGCCAAAUAAGUAGAUUGGUGGUUACCUGAUUCUAACCUCUUCAUUUGGCUGUCGGAGAAAAUGUAAAUUCUUCCUUUCCCUUUGCGUCAACCAUUACGUGUCUUUCCUAAAUAUUCUCUAAUCAAUAGUAAAGAAAACUGUAGGAAGGUUUGUGGUGCAUGUCCAAAUUCUUGUUCUAACCUACACACCAAUGGCAUGGCGGGUUCAAUGGCUUUGCUGCUUCUCCAUUUGUAUCUUUUUUUUUAGGCUGCAAUUGAGAAAUAUUAGUUAGAGGGAUAAGGAUGGUUGUUUGUCGAUGUGAUCUUGUUUAGCCAAUAUUACUGAUUUUGGACUAUAGUGUUUCAGUUAAUGCUGAAUUGCUUAAGAAAAGGACUUAAGUCCAUGUUUUGAAAAGAUGGUCGAUGGAAAGCUAAUGCCUCUAACAUUACCUUCUGGGGCUUGUAUAUUGUAGGUUGAAAUGGUAAGCUGUGAGUUCUGUUGUGCCGAAUUUUCUUUCUACUUUGUAUGAUCCAUGCCAUUUUCAGCAAAGCAAAGUAUUAUCUGGUGUUUAAGAAAUUCGGUCGCAUGGAAAACCAAAGCUACAAGAAUAGUGGUUGUAGAUUUAGGAUGCAAUGUAGUUCCCAUGGAUCUGCCUUUUCAUGCAAAGAAUGUGUGAAAUAUUCAUGUUGCCAUACCACUGCUAGAAAAAAUAUAAGAGCUCUGUUGCUUGGUCAGCAUUGAAACUUGUUGACGCUGACGUGGUCAAAGUUGUUUUCAGUUUUCGCUCGAUGUCUUGCACAGUUUGAUCAAUGAAAAGAAUGCGAUUUGACAUCCAUGUGAGUUCUUGAAGAAAGUUUUGAUAUAGUUGGGAUGAUCAGAGUGAUAUGGAUGUUGUUCCACAUUUGUCGUAUUCUGGCAAUUGUUGUAUGACUUGGUCGAGGUUGUUGUCGGCUUUGCUCUUUCAAUGUUUCUUACAGUUUGAUCAUUGCAAGAACGCGACGUAAGAUCCUCUCUAGAAUUGUCGUUGUUCCAUUGAUGUGUUUCUUUUUAUUUCUUGAGAGAGCUUUGGCAUAAUUACAAUCAGUUUGAUGUGAAUGUCGUUACUUGUUUGUCGUAUUAUCGGGCAACUGUUGUUUGACUUUGUCAAGGUUGUUGCUGGUUUUCACUUGAUGUCUCCCACAGUUCUAUCAUCGCAAGACCACAAUGUGAGGCCCAUGUGGGAAUUUUUGCUGUUC